UCGGGAUUAAAGCGGGUCAUUAUGACCUUAGUCGCCUCCAGCGCAAGGAAACCAUCGGAUUGCGUUCAGGCGGCGGCGUUGUGCUUGCAUCUCUUGCUAUGGAUUGCGUGUGCAGUGUCCGGAGAGGAGCACCAGCACUUCAGCGUCGAGGGAUGGCUGCAAAGGUACGGCUACCUCCCACGCACAGAACCCAAAAUGUCGGUCCAGCGCUCGGCCCAAACCAUGCACUCGGCCAUCGCCGCCAUGCAGCAAGCCUACGGCCUCAAUGUCACCGGGACGCUGGAUGAGAGGACCAAGGAUUGGAUGCAGAAGCCCCGCUGCGGCGUCCCCGACACGCUCAAAAGUGCUUCCAGGUCACGGAGGCGGAGAUACGCGCUGACGGGACAGAAGUGGCAGCGUACGCACAUCACCUACAGCAUCAAAAAUGUCACGCCGAAGGUGGGCGCCCGCGAGACCCACGACGCCAUCCGCCGGGCGUUCGACGUGUGGCAGGGCGUGACGCCGCUGCGCUUCGAGGCCGUGCCCUACAGCGCCCUGGAGACGGGCCGGCGCGACGUGGACAUCACCAUCAUCUUCGCCUCGGGUUUCCACGGCGACAGCUCGCCCUUCGACGGGGAGGGCGGCUUCCUCGCCCACGCCUACUUCCCGGGGCCCGGCAUAGGUGGCGACACCCACUUUGACUCGGACGAGCCUUGGACCCUGGGGAACCCCAACCAUGACGGGAAUGACCUGUUCUUGGUCGCCGUGCACGAGCUGGGCCACGCCCUGGGCCUGGAACACUCCAACGACCCCACCGCCAUCAUGGCGCCGUUCUACCAGUACAUGGACACCGAGAACUUCAAACUACCUCACGACGACCUGCAGGGCAUCCAGAAGAUCUACGGUCCACCCGACAGAGCCCCGCAGCCGACCAGGCCGCCGCCCACGGCCCCGCCUCCUCGCUUCCACCUCCCCUCGGACCCCCGCAAGCACGACCGCCACGCCAGGCCGCAUCGCCCGCCGCAGGGGGCCAAGCCGUCCAACCCCAACUCCAAGCCCAACAUCUGCGACGGCGGCUUCAACACGCUGGCCAUCCUGCGCCAGGAACUUUUUGUCUUCAAGGACCAAUGGUUUUGGAGGGUGCGGGACAACUCUGUGGUCCCUGGAUACCCCAUGCAGAUCAAUUACUUCUGGAAAGGCCUGCCUGCCAAAAUCGACGCCGUCUACGAAAACAGCGAAGGAAAAUUUGUAUUCUUCAAAGGUAACCGCUUCUGGGUGUUCAAGGACACCACCCUGCAGCCGUCCUACCCUCAAGACAUCUCGCUGUUCGGCAGCGGCAUGCCCACGCAGAACAUCGAGACGGCCGUGUGGUGGGAGGACGUGGCCAAGACUUACUUCUUCAAAGGAGACAGGUACUGGCGGUACAAUGAAGACAUGAGAACCAUGGAUCCGGGUUAUCCCAAGCCCAUCACCAUCUGGAAGGGCAUCCCCGACUCUCCCCAGGGGGCCUUCGUGGACAAAGCCAACGGCUUCACAUACUUUUACAAGGGUAAAGAGUACUGGAAGUUCAACAACCAGCUGCUCCGCGUGGAGCCGGGCUACCCGCGCUCCAUCCUGCGCGACUUCAUGGGCUGCGACGGCCUCCCCCCGGACCCGGAUUGGGACUGGAGCCCGCCGGCGGCCGAGGAGCGCCACUACGACGGCGGGGGCGGCGGCGGCGACGCAGACGUGGUCAUCAAACUGGACAGCGCGGGCGGCACGGAGAAGGCGGUGGCCAUCGCCAUCCCCUGCGUGCUGGCGCUGUGCAUGAUGGUCCUGCUGUACACCGUGUUCCAGUUUCGCAGGAAGAGCACGCAGCGCCACAUACUGUACUGCAAGCGCUCCAUGCAGGAGUGGGUGUGA